GAGCAGGGCACGUGAGAAUGAUGUUGUGUUGCUGGAGCACAGCAAGGCGAGGCCGUUGAAUCCGCGUGCCAGGCUUACACCAUAAAUACCAAUCUUUCUAAUGCGGAAUGCCUCACGCCUUUAUCCGAGACAAAGAGGGAACAAGAGCAGAUAGAAAGAGAGGAGGAACCAUUGUAACCCUAAUUUAUUUGCUAAACCCUAAGCGUUUAGCAUUUCCUUUUCCUCUCUUUUUACCUCUCUUCUCCCUCCUAAUCCUAACCUAAAAAGCCUUUCCAUUCUCAUUUGCCCGCUCGGAUCCCAAUAAACCAUGGUUUUCUGGGUUUUUGGCUACGGUUCACUGGUGUGGAACCCAGGGUUUGAUUUCGAUGAGAAGAUUGUCGGUUUCAUUAAGGAUUACAGACGCGUCUUUGAUUUAGCGUGCAUUGAUCACCGGGGAACCCCUGAAAAACCUGCAAGAACUUGCACAUUAGAACAGAAAGAAGGGGCUAUUUGCUGGGGAGCUGCUUAUUGUGUUCGAGGAGGUCCUGAAAAGGAAAAGCUGGCUAUGCAGUAUUUGGAGCGACGAGAAUGUGAAUAUGACCAAAAGACUAUCGUAAGCUUCUUCAAGGAAGGAGAUUCACUGCACCCUACUUUAACUGACGUAAUAGUAUUCACAUCUACUCCAGACAAAGUUAACAACAAAUAUUACUUGGGACCUGCCCCUCUGGAUGACAUGGCCUGGCAAAUAGCAACUGCUUAUGGUCCUUGCGGAAACAACAGAGACUACCUUUUCCUUCUAGAAAAGGCCAUGUAUGAUAUCGGCCAUGAGGACGACCUAGUGAUAGAGCUUGCCAAUGAAGUUAGGAAAGUACUUGGUGUGGGAAAUGUAGUAUCAAAGGAGAAGAAAUCGGUUGGACCAGCACAACUUGCUCACCCUCCUCACGUACCGAUUCCUUCUCGUCAACUGCACCCAAUGCCAGAACCUAUUGCAUUGGAUAGUUGAGGAGCCGGAUUUGACAAAAACUGACGGACGCUGAGUUCUGCGACUAAACUGAUUUACUGCGGAUCCUGCUAACCCUCAUUCAAUUUUCGAUACAUCAUACAGCUAUCUCACUUAUCCUAGCUUUAGCGGCUGCUUCCAUUCCCAUGAGACAUUGCUUGAAUUCAGUGAGACGAAUUGGAAUGUUGACUGAUUUUGCACUAUGUUAUAAUUGAAAAAUUAAGUUCUGUUUUGAGUAAGUUCUUGUCUAUUAUCAAUUGGUGUCGCCUUGGUCAUAUGGACGGUGGAAUUAAUUUAUUGUUUGCUAUGUUACGAUGGUAAAUCUGUGUUUGGGGA